UCAAAGGUUGCCAACGGCGACGACCAUUGGAGCAGCGAGCCAAGGAAAGACGGAAAGACCCCCCCUCUCCCCUCCCCUCCCCUCCCUUCCCGUCGUCAAUUAAUCCCACCACCGCCUCGACCACGGCUCCCUCUCCAUUCUCAGUUGAGACUUCAAACUUGGAGACCCACCAACUCCGACUCCGACGACGAGGAGGCCGAGGUGUUGAGCUGGUUCGCGUUUGGAUAUCUGUCCGUCUACCAGUCCGCCGCUGAGCCAGCCAUGGGUUGCGUCUGCUCGAGGCGGUUCAGGGAAGAGGCGGUGCCGCGGUCGGUCGCCGCCGCCUACGACGCGCGCCGCGGCAGAUACGGGCCCGGGGACUUCGACUCCGGCGAGCUGGCAAUCCCGCCGCCCAAGCCGCCACAGUCGCACAAGGUAUCAGAAACAGGUACACUUCUAGGAAGGGCUAGCAUUGCUGGUCUGGAAAAGGCUGUUGAGGUGUUAGAUACCCUCGGGAGUAGCAUGACAAGUUUGAAUCAUGGCAGUGGAUUUCUCUCUGGGGGGACGAAUCGAGGAAAUAAAGUCUGUAUUUUAGCAUUUGAAGUCGCAAAUACAAUAGCUAAAGCUUCUAGUUUAUGGAGAUCAUGCUCUGAUGAGAGUAUAAAAGAACUGAAGGAAGAGAUUUUGCAUUCAGAUGGAGUUCGGAUACUGGUUUCCUCAAAUUCCAGUGAGCUGUUGCAUAUUGCUGCAGUUGAUAAAAGGGAAGAACUUGCCAUCUUUUCAAGAGAAGUAAUUCGGUUUGGUGGCCUCUGUAAAGAUCCUAUAUGGCAUAACUUGGGACGAUAUUUCGACAAGUAUACCUCUGAAAAGUUAACGACAGAUUUUACGCCUCAGGAUCAUUCAAAAGAGAGUAUGGGCGUUACUGUCCAGCAAUUGAUAAAUUUGGCUCAAAACACUUCUGAGCUCUACCAUGAAUUGCACGCUCUGGACAGGUUUGAGCAGGAUUUUCAAAGGAAAUUUCACGAAGAGGAGUCCGUGCCAGCGGCUAGACGAGAAAGUGUUAUGAUAUUGCACAGUGAAUUAAAGCGCCAAAGGAAGCUCGUGAAAAAUCUGAAAAAGAAAUCCUUGUGGUCUAAAACUUUGGAAGAGAUUGUGGAGAAGCUUGUUGAUAUUGUAAUUUUUUUACAUAAACAAAUCCGGGAUGCAUUCAAUGAAGCUGUUUCUGCAGGAACCGACUUCUUCGAUUCUGAGCAAGCCCAGAACAAAAGGCUAGGUCCCUGUGGUCUGGCACUACAUUAUGCUAACAUUAUCAAUCAGAUUGAAAAUAUAGUUUCUCGGCCACUCUCUCUUCCUCCUAGUGCUAGGGACAAUUUAUACCAUGGUCUGCCAAUAACAGUAAAGUCAGCUCUGCGAUCACGAUUGCAAUCAUUUAAUACCGAUGAAGAGCGAACUGUAGCUCAAAUUAAAGCAGAAAUGCAGAAAACUCUUCGCUGGAUUCUGCCAAUAGCAGAAAAUACAAUAAGAGCACACCAAGGUUUUGGAUGGGUCGGUGAAUGGGCAAACCUUGGGAGCGACAUGAGCAAGAAAUCAGGCUCCCAACACAGCGUCACCCGAAUCCAGACACUUCAUCACGCAGACAAGGCAAAGACAGAGCACUACAUUCUCGAACUGGUGGUGCAGCUCCACCAUCUGGUGGUCCAGGUGAAGAACAGAGGCUACAGAAACAAAUCCACAAAGCAUGACCUGUCUCGAUCGCGCAAGGGGUUGGAUCUACAGGCAGAGACCAAGCACAACGCAUCUCCAGUGAACAACGGCACAGUUUCAAGCCCGUUGUCGGACUGCGAACGCGAAACGCUGGACCAACUGAGCUUCAAGAGGACGAGCUACGGGAGAAGCAAGAGCUGCGAGCCUCCACCUGAUAGAGGGAACAAGGCGCACCGGAGCUGGGACUUUUGCCGGAGCCAAGGCAACUCGCCGGCGAGGGAGUUGGGGAGGAACUCGGCUCCGGACCGUGACAAGACGAGGGAUCUUGAUGUAAUAGAUGGCUUGGAUAGACUCAUUUCGUACUCGCACCCCUCAUCCCCAACGUUUUGUUAGAUAUGCUGCACAGAUAGGAAUUCUUUUGCUGCUUCUCCCCGUUCAACGAUCGGCCGUGCAUCUUGUAUAUGUGUGAUCUACCUGUAUAUUGUCGUAGUUUAUGUGCAUCUAUAAUUUCGUGUUAUAGUCUGCGAUCGAGUGGAAAUAUAUAUAGCGAGAUCAGAAGUGAA